ACACGCACACGCACACGCACGCGCCAUGGCCAUGCCCGCCCCGGCGCUGGCGGCCUCUGGCGCCGUCGCCGCACCGGCACGCCGUUUUGACUGGAGCCGGCCCUUCUGCCCGACACGGCUGGCCGAGUGGGUCGCCGGCCGGACCGGGCCCGCGGAAGCCGAUGCCCCGGUCCGGUGCACGGUGGUCGUCCAGUCGGCCUGGAACGCACAUGCCCCCGGCCCGGGGGUGUAUGCCGUGGAGAUCCCCGACCGCAUCCGGCGUGCUCUGCUCUGCAUGCCGCGUGUGGCCCGCGACGCCGGGGCGUCUGUCGGCCUCCGGCCAUCGAGCCGGGCCAUCUCCCUGGACCAGCUUCCAAGCUACCUGGCCGGGGUUCACCAGCCGGAGUACAUCCAACGCCUGUUGGCCGAGGCGGCCGUCUCUGCCGAGAGCCCGGGGUCCCUGGCCUCCGGCGAUCUGUACCUCUCCCCGGGCACACCGACCGGCGUGGGGGCGGCCCUCGGGACGCUGCUCGACGCGGUGGACCUGGCUGCUGCCCGCGGGCGGAGCCCCGUGCCCCUGGCUGCCCGAGACGCGGCCCGGCAACACCUGCUGGCCCGGUCGGCGGAUGUCUCCCCGGCCCCGGGGCCCGAGGGGCCCGCCGAGCUGGCCGCCACCUUCGCCCUGGUCCGGCCGCCCGGCCAUCACUGCACCCAUGCCGCGCCGAUGGGGUUCUGCUUCUUCAACAAUGCCGUGGCCGCCGCGCGCCACGCCUUCACCAGGCACGGGAUCGAGCACAUUGCCAUCAUCGACUUCGACCUGCACCAUGGCAAUGGCACGCAAGACCUGGUGGUGGACAUCAACCAGAAGCGCGCCCUCGACCCGGAGGCACCCCCUCGACUCUUUUUCGGCUCGCUGCACGACAUCAAGUCCUACCCCUGCGAGCUGUACGACGCGGCGGCCAUCUUCAGCGCCUCGAUAUGCCUCAUGGAUCACGACCACGCCCUGUGGAAUGUCCACCUCCAGCCGUGGGCCGACUUCGGGGAAUUCCUCGGCCACUAUGACGGCCAGUAUCGGGCCCUGCUCACGCAGGCGGCGCACUUCCUCGCUGGCUGCCCGCCAGACCGGUCUCUGAUCAUCGUCAGUGCGGGGUUCGAUGCGCACGAGCUGGAGUACCCGUCCAUUCAGCGGCAGGGCCGGCGCCUGCCGGCCGAAUUUUACUACCUCUUCUGCCGCGAUCUCGCCCUGCUGGCCCGAGCGCACACCGACGGCAAGAUGGUCUUCGCCCUGGAGGGCGGCUACUCGCAGGGAGCCUUGGCGAAUGGGCUCUACUCGGCGCUGGCCGGCCUGGCCGGCCUGGGCCCGGACCAUGCAACCAUGGCUGGGCCCGGGCGGAUGGCCCGGCCAUCGCGGCCCAGCGACAACCCUUGACACCGGAAAAGGGCGAGGCACAGGCAGGGCACGGAUUCUCCCACCGUGCGUGCAUGCCAGAAACCGAGGGCGAGAAAGCAAUAGAGCA